AUGGCCCCUUCAAACCCGCUCGCCAACUGGGAAAAAGUCGGCGAUAGCUUUUACCGCAAAAUCACCGUAUAUGACGCCGUCUUUGACGAUGAAGUUGAGUUAGAGAACUACAUUGUCGCGGGCGCACCAUAUGGUGGGACUAUUGCGCUGUAUCGUGACGAAACGAAGCCUGUGAGGCUACGCGAUUCCCAGAGCCGAUCGAAUAUUGACAUAUAUUCAUACUCUGGGAAGCUGAUCAAUCGAAUCCAUUGGGAGCAAGCCACAAUCAGGGGUCUCGGCUGGUCCGAUAAAGAGGAACUCCUAGUGGUCGCCGAAGACGGGACCGUUCGCCGCUACUUUGGCCUAGAUGGCGAAUUCACCUCCUUCUCUCUCGGGAAUGGCGCGGAAGAAUACGGUGUCAGGGCCUGCCAAUUCUGGGCUUCGGGACUGGUAGCUUUGCUUUCAAAUAACCAGCUGAUUGCUGUCUCCAAAUAUGACGAGCCACGCCCAAAACUGCUCGCCCCUUGUCCAGAGGGAGAAGUUUCUUCAUGGGCCUUGAUCUCACCGACUCAUACUCUCUCGCGCUCCGUGGAGGUCCUUCUAGCGGUUGACAAGACAGUGUUCCUAAUUGACUCUACAGAUGCUGAAGAUAAAAUCCUACAAGAUGGCCCAUUCAAACACGUAGGUGUGUCUCCAACUGGUCGUUUCAUCGCUCUUUAUACCAGCGAAGGAAAGCUUUGGGUAGUUAGCAAUGACUUCCAAAAUAAACUCUGUGAAUACGAUUCGAAGGCACGGGUGCCACCUAGCUCCGUGAAUUGGUGUGGCGAUGAAGCCGUUGUCCUCGCAUGGGAAGACGAGAUUCACCUUGUUGGGCCUAGUGGUGCCGCAUCCAAAUAUUACUACGACGGCCGUGUCCACGUAAUACCGGAAUUUGAUGGAGUACAUCUUCUCACAAAUGAUAGCUGCGAGUUCCUCCACAAGGUUGAUGGCACCACCGAGGAAAUCUUCCGCCUUGGGGCUUCGUCUCCCUCUUCAGUCCUACUUGAUUCAGUAGAGCAGAUGGAGAAGAAGUCGCCCAAGGCAGACGAAAAUAUACAACGUAUUCGUUCCAGCCUCCCUGCAGCGGUGGACACAUGCAUUAAGGCUGCUGGUCAUGAAUUCGACAGCUAUUGGCAGAAGAGACUCCUGAAAGCUGCUUCGUUCGGGAAAUCAGUACUUGAGCUCUAUAAUAGCGAUGAGUUUGUUGAAAUGACCGAAAAACUCCGUGUCAUCUCAGCAGUUCGCGACUACAAAAUUGGCAUCCCUAUCUCAUAUGCACAGUACCUGCGGUUGACGCCUGAGGGUCUAGUUGAGCGCCUUACAAACCGCCAUGAAUAUCUGCUUGCUAUUAGGGUGUCUGAAUACCUCCAAAUUCCCGCUGACAAGAUCUACGUUCACUGGGCUAGUCAAAAAGUCAGAGUGUCCACCGUAGAUGAUGAGGCCGUGUGCAAGCUCAUUGUCCAGAGACUUGAAGGCAAGCCUGGUAUUUCCUUCGAAAUGAUUGCUCAGACUGCCUAUGAUGAAGGCCGGUCGCAUCUUGCAACACGGCUGUUGAAUCAUGAGCCUCGAGCUGGCAAACAAGUUCCACUUCUGCUGAACAUGGAAGAAGAUGAGCUAGCUCUGGACAAGGCGAUUGAAAGUGGCGAUGAUGAUCUGGUGAACUUUGUUCUCCUGCAUCUUAAGAGCAAGAUACCUCUUGCAAGCUUCUUCCGGAUGAUCAACACCCGCCCCAUGGCUUCGGCUUUGGUGGAAGCAACUGCUCGGGACGAGGACAUGGAGUUGCUGAAGGAUCUCUAUUACCAAGAUGACCGCCCACUUGAUGGAUCCAAUGCAUUGCUAGUCGAGGCUUUAGCGGCGGACCAAGUUCAGCAGAAAAUCGAGAAGCUGCAACUAGCCUCGCGGCUGUUAUCUGAUUCCAAGGAUCCCACGGUGGUUCUCCAGCAAAAGUUGAUAUCGGAAGCAUCUCAUUUGCUCAAAGCUCAGGAAGCCCUGGACAAAGACCUGGCCGAUCGCACGGAAUUCUUGGGUCUUAGUUUGAACGAAACUAUCUACAGGCUUAUCCGAGCUGGUUACGGCAAGCGCGCCCAAAAGAUGCAGGGCGAGUUUAGGAUGCCCGAGAAGACCUACUGGUGGCUGAGGCUCAGAGCGUUGGUGGCCAAGCGCGACUGGGGUGAGCUAGAAGAAUUAAACAAGAACAAGAAGUCGCCCAUCGGUUGGGAGCCUUUCUAUAAUGAAGUGCUUGGCGCUGGGAACACCAAGCUUGCUUCCUUGUUCGUCCCCAAGUGCACCAACUUGUCUGUCGCGGAGCGUAUCGAAAUGUGGGUCAAGUGUGGAAUGAUUGUCAAGGCGGGUGAAGAGGCACACAAGGCCAAAGACUUGAAUACUUUGGAACUCCUCCGAAAUAAAGCAUCCGGGCCUGCGGCUACCGAGAUUGAACGCAUGAUCAAUCAGCUUCGGCCAAGGAAAUAG